AUGGACGCACGAUUCAAGGUCUCUGAUCCUCUCCCAGAGACGAUGAUCGUAUGGGUCCAACUGCCUGAGCUCAAAAUCCAUUUUUACCACAAGGUGGUUCUGACUACCCUUGGGAACCUGAUCGGACGCACGAUCAAACUCGACUACGACACCCUUACUCAACAAAGGGCGAAGUUUGCUCGACCUGCUGUAGAGGUGGAUAUCUCCAAGCAUCUUGUUCCAAGAAUAUGGUUAGAUGAUGAUUGGAAGUCGGUUGAAUAUGAGAAUCUACCUGUUGUUUGCUUCGAAUGCGGGAAGAUCGGCCACGCUACUGCUACUUGCCCCCUGCUCCAACCAGCGUCGAUCCUGGAGAUAGUUGGGUCUGCCGACGGGGAGAAGCAAGAUCUCUCAUCGGACGCGACAUCGCAGACCAAUGCAGGGCUGGGACCGUGGAUCUUGAAAUGGAAAGAGUGGAUCGAAAAGUAA